AUGGGAUUUAGCCCGACUGAUCCUCUUUGUCUCCGGUCUCCUCUCGCUUCCUCCCCUCCCUUUCGUCACGCCAACCGCGACUAUAAGACUGGGCUUUCCGAUCGGUCAACUGGCCACGGCAAUAGUAGCACCGAGACCUGUGCACGUCUGUUCCCAGGGUCGACCGGCUCUGUUGCCGCCUUCACUACGGGAGCAACGGAGCGCAAGUUGAGGAAGGAGAUCAAGAGGCUCUCCUCGGAAUUAACGGACCGAGAGACUCUGCUCGACCAGCUGAUGCAACACCAGCCGGGCGACCGAGCUCUUGUCAAACAACUGAGAGACCAGGUACAGUCGUUUUACUGUCUUUACCUCUUCACUGAUGCCUGA